UGUCCGAAUUCAGGGUCUGCAUCCUUCGAAGGACGGAUUUGAAGGCCGAUUACGUCAUAGCGUGGCGACAAGGCCUGUCCGAAUUCAAAGACUCCUUCAAAUGCAUCCUUCAAAUGCGUCCUUCUUUUCCCCCGAUUUGAAGGAUGGGUCCGGUGUAUCCUUCAUGGCCCACGAUAUCCCAUAAUUCAUUGCGGGUCAGAAUUCUCAACAAUGGCGUCAGACAGUGAUGAAUGCUCUUUCUCUACCGAACGCAAUAAAGACUUAAUGUUGAAAUGGACCAAGGAGCAGACGGAAAAUUUCAUCUCCCUCAGGGGCCAAAACAGCCACCUGUUCACAGGGACCAAAAAUUCUGCGACAGUAGCCUGGAGGUCCAUUCUAGAGAAGAUGGGUCUCCAGGAUGUAGUGACACCGUCUCAGGCCAAAAAGAAAUGGGAUAAUCUUAAAAAGAAAUAUAAAGACUGCAAAUAUCCUGGCUCAGGAGAGGGAGUGAAAGGGAAGCCCACUGCUGCUACUUGGCCUUGGUUUGUACAGAUGGAUGAGAUCUUAGGACAGAGGCCUUCCAUAAGGCCUCCUGUUCUAAUUUCCUCAUUACCAGAUGAGACUCCAGGGUCAAGUGCUGCAGUGGGUGGACAACAGGAAGACGAAGAUGGUGUUAUUAAAAGAGGCCAGAAGAGGCGAAGUGAAAGCUCUGAGCUUCUUGAUCUAAUAAAAGAAGAUAUGAGAUUACAAAGAGAAGCAGAAGAUAGACGUGCUCAAGAGAGCAAGGAGAGACUUGACAAAUUAUUAUCAAUUUUGCAAAAAAUAGCGGAGAAAUAAUUAUUUAAAAAAUAAACUUCUUGAACACUUUUCAAGACUAUGAAUAUGUCUUUUAAUAAAUAAAUUAAAAUGAUGUACAGUCUAGAUCCAUAGAAAUUGUUUCAUCUUGAAUUUAAAUAAGUACAAAUAUUUUAAAUUACAUUGUUUGGUUUUGGUUCAGUUCAUUUUAUAAAACAAAUUUUAAGUAAUGCAUGUCACGUUAUUUACAAUAAAAACUGCAGAAUUAACCUCAGUGACCUAUUCCUGGAAAAUUAAAAGAAAA